AUGAAGACAGCCUUUGUGUUCCCAGAAAUUCCAGGUGGAGGAUACGACAGGAGAUAUUCUAACGAAACCAAACCAAAACAAACCACAUCUCCGACCCCGCCUAUCUUCCGCUACACCAAACAACCCACCAACCGCCCUCCCUACAACCAAUCCACCACACACCCUCCCAUCCAAGACUCCAAAAUGUCCCAACCCCAACCCCCCACCCCCCAAGCCGCCCAGGCAACCCACUACCUCGACCUCGGCAUCACCCUCGCCAUCCACAACUGGCCGGCCCUCACCCUCGCCGUCCAAUCCAACUGGGGCGGUCCAACCUCCUCCGACAAGCGCGACUGGCUCUGCGGCGCCAUCUCCGAGAUGCUCACGGACCGACCGGAGACCGACGCCGCGGAUCUCGAGGACGUGUUAAUCCAAGUGAUGAACGACGAGUUCGACGUGGUGGUGGAUGAUGAGAGUGCGGGGAAUGUCGCGGACCAGAUUAUGGAGAUGAAGGGACAGACGGUGAGGGGGGAGUUUGGGGAGAUUCAGGCGUUGUGGGAGACGUGGCAGAGUAAGAAGGGGAAGGGGGAUCAGGGCUUGGGGGCGUUUAGGAGGGGGGAGGAUCAGGUGGAUGAUGAGAGUGAUGAUGAGGAGGAUGAGGAGGAGGAUGUGGAUGGGGAUAUGGAGAUGGAUGAUGCGCCGCCGGCGUUGGUGAGGGCGCCGAGGGAGAGGGUCGAGCCGGAGGUCGAUGAGGAUGGGUUUACGACGGUGGUGUCGAAGAAGAAGCGGUGA